AUGUCGGGAGCUCUCUUCCCGCCGCUGGAGGGCCCUGGUGCUCUGGACGCCCCGAGUGGUCACCCGCUCGUGUGCCAGUUGUGCCACGCGCAGUAUGAGCGCCCGUGCCUGCUGGACUGUUUCCACGACUUCUGCGCUGGCUGCCUGAGGGGCCGCGCCGUCGACUGCCGCCUCACCUGCCCGCUGUGCAAGCACCAGACUGUGGUGAAGGGUCCCAAUGGCCUACCUCCUGCCGACCGGCUGCUGCAGUUCCUGGUGGACAGCUCAGGGGACGGUGGGGAGGCCGUGCAUUGUGCUAAUUGUGACCUGGAAUGCAGCAAGCAGGACGCUGAGACCACGUACUUCUGCAACACGUGCGGGCAGCCGCUGUGUGCGCGCUGCCGCGACGAGACGCACCGGGCGCGCAUGUUUGCGCGCCACGACAUCGUGGCCCUGGGCCAGCGCAGCCGUGAUGUACUCCCGAAGUGCACACUGCACGCUGAACCCUACAUCAUGUUUUCCACUGAUAAGAAGUCGCUGCUAUGCAUCCGCUGCUUCCGGGACAUGCAGGGGGAGAGCCGGGCCCACUGUGUGGACUUGGAGUCUGCGUACGUGCAGGGCUGCGAGCGGUUGGAGCAGGCGGUGCUGGCAGUGAAGGCGCUGCAGACGGCCACGCGGGAGGCCAUUGCGCUGUUGCAGGUCAUGGUGGAAGAGGUGAGGCGUAGUGCAGCCGAUGAGGAGGCCGCCAUCCACGCCCUCUUUGGCAGCAUGCAGGACAAACUGGCCGAGAGGAAAGUGCUAUUGCUGCAGGCUGUGCAGAGCCAGUAUGAAGAGAAGGACAAGGCCUUCAAGGAGCAGCUCACCCACUUAGCUACCCUGCUUCCCACUCUGCAGGUUCAUCUGGUCAUCUGCUCCUCCUUCCUCAGCUUGGCCAACAAGGCCGAGUUCCUGGACCUGGGCUACGAGCUGAUGGCCAGGCUGCAGGGCAUUGUCACCAGACCACAUCGCCUAAGGCCAGCGCAGAGCAGCAAGAUCACCAGUGACCACCGUGCCGAGUUUGCACGCUGUCUGGAGCCGCUGCUGCUGCUGGGGUCUCGUCGGGCGACUGUGGGCACAGGCUGCAGCACUGGCACGCUGGCAGGGGCCUCAGGCCCCAAGGUGUUGAUGGGGCCUGGCUGUCCCUCCCCAGGGGGGAAGAUAUUGAGGUCACCUGUCCAGAAGCCCACACUGCACCGGUCCAUCAGCACCAAGGUGCUCCUGGCUGAGAGCGAGACCACACCCUUCACGGAGCAUUGCCGUCACUAUGAGGACUCCUACCGGAGUCUACAGUUGGAGAUCCAGAACCUGAAGGACCAGGUCCAGGAGUUGCACCGGGACCUCACCAAGCACCACUCGCUCAUUAAAGCCGAGAUCAUGGCAGACAUCCUCCACAAGUCCCUGCAGGUGGAUACACAGAUCACCUCACAGUGUGCCUCCGUGGAAGCCAUGAGGACAGUCUUCGAGGAGAUUUGGGAGGAGUCCUACCAGCGUGUGGCUAACGAGCAAGAGAUUUAUGAAGCCCAGCUCCAUGACCUUCUCCAGCUCAAACAAGAGAAUGCCUACCUGACCACCAUCACCAAGCAGAUUACUCCAUAUGUUCGUUCCAUUGCCAAGGUGAAGGAGAGGCUGGAGCCCAGGUUUCAAGCCCCUGCUGAUGAACAGUCAGAGAAUCUACAAAGUAUGUUUGAGGACAGCAUGAAUGGUGAGACCCAGGCCAGCAAUGAUGCGGUGAGUGGCACUGAGAAGAGAGAGAAGACGUCUGAACCCAGAGGAAACAACCAGCCUCUGAGCAGCCUCACAGAAGACCAUUAUAGACCCAAACAGAAGAACGGGGGUGACAUCCCCUCACGGAAAGAGCGCCUCGCUUAG